AUGGUGGUCAAGUCCCAAAUCAGAGAUCUCAACAAUAAGCCGAUAGUGGCUUCGGCUGGCGUGGUGGAGAACAACGUCACACAACCAGAGGACGCAAUCAUAUUCGUUGAUUUGGGCAAAGGAGGCCACGUUGUACUGGACGCAAACAUCACAGCGGUGGUGCGCAACCCGCAGGGACUUAGUUGCCCCGUCCGCCUGCGUGAUAACGGCAAAGAUCCUGAUAUCUUGGCAAACGAUGGUUCGUACAGCGGAUACUUCACGCAGUUCACGGGCAAAGGAAGGUACGCCAUCCUGGUAUACGUCUACGGAAACAACAAGACCAGCCACGCGUAUCGUACGCAGGGAUUCCCUCCUAACAUUAUUCCCAUUCUUCCUUGGGAUGAGGAAGAAUCACCUGCUACGCAAGAACCAAUCAUGGAAUUGAUUGAAGACUCUGACGACUACACAUUCAAGGAUACCCUCCUGGGAGAAAGGAAGCCGACGAACCCAUUCCAAAGAGUCGCAGCCGGAGCCUACUUGAAGGUCACCAGCGACCUGCGGCAGGCUGAUGUUCCUCCCGGCCAAAUGAGCGACCUAAAAGCUGUCGAGGGUUACGUCGACAUCGACAGAACACCCGUCGUAAGACUUACGUGGACUUGGCCUGGCGCACACAUGACACAUGGAAAGGCUGCGGAAGUGGAGAUCAGAGGUAGCACUAAUAAAGAGAACCUUGAAAGGGACUUCGACAGCCAGGAGCAUCUGUCCACUGUCGUGAAAGGCAACCUUGACCCCCUCCCCGGCGGUUCGAAGCAGGACGUAAUGAUCGCACUUCCUCGCGAGUGGGGAAUGACGACACCAGGCGACAGGGGCUACAAGCUAGAGGCUUACCUGGCGGCGCGUGUCAUUAACGCGGAUGGACUAAAGGGGAAGCUGUCCAGGAGCAUUAUAAUACUGUUCCUAAUCCCAAAUUUUACCGCUGAAUCGCUCACAACAGGAGCGUCCAUUCACACACGGGCACUGCCGAACACGAAACCUGGACCAGCAACAACCACGAGAGCGCCGGCGACGCCGUACAUCAAGACAGCGCAAGCAACGACCUCAACAUCCCCGACCAAAGCGGAGCCAGCUCGCAAUCCAGCGGCAACAGCCACGCCAGAAACGGAGCAUGCGAGAAAAAAUGACCAUUCAUCCAUCAUAAUUUGGAUUCUCCUGGCGCUAGUUGCCGGAGUCGUCAUGACAGCCAUUACAAUUAUACUGCUACUCAGGGCGAAGUCAAACCCCUUUGCCGCAGACCAGGGCCCCUCCACGACCACGGCAACACUGACAACUAUGUGA